AUGCACAAAUCAAUGGGUAAACAAGGUAUACAAAGUACCUUAAAGAAAGUGGACAAAGAACCUAAGAUCCCAGACAUGGACAAGAUAUGGGACACCUUAUAUUUAGGCGAAAUGCACGGCGCGCUGGACGAAAAGCAGAUACUCUGGUAUAACAUUAAGACAAUCAUAACUGUGAUGGAGGAGCCCAUAGAAGACCGGUACCAUCACAAGGACGUCGCCUAUCACUGGAUCAAAGCCGACGAUUACGAAGAAGAGGAUCUGUUGACACACUUUCAUGAGGCCUACGAUAUCAUUGACGCAGCGGUGACGGCCAAGACGGGCGUUUUGGUGCACUGCAGGGCCGGCAUAUCCCGGUCGGCGACGAUUGUCAUCGCAUACCUGAUGCAAAAGCUCCAGAAGCCGUACAAAGAGGUCCGGGCGUUGGUUAGAUCUCGCCGGGAUUGCAUUGAGCCCAACGACGGGUUUGUCGAUCAGUUACUUCUGUUUGAGUCGAUGGCCUACCGAUUGGACGCCAAUCACCACCCCUUCAGACACCUAAUGUUAAGAUCACUGGCGAUGCCACCCGACAACCGGCUGAAGCUAUACUACGAGCGUAUGUCUGUGGCCGAGACGUUGACCGUAGACUUGAAUUAUGGCCCACAGUAUGUGUGCACCGGUUGUAGCGAAGGGCUGUUCAAUGAGUUACAUGUCCUCAAGAAUGACGGCUCAGACAAGUAUAAAGAUAUGGAGGUUUGCGGCCGAGUAUUCAUUGAACCCCAGCGAUGGAUGGGUUGGACUAAAGUGACCGAAACGGUCAUUAGAUGCCAAACGUGUGGCCAACUGGUGGGACGGGUGGGCCCGACAUAUACCGAUUGCCAAUGCGGACACCAUAUGGAUGCGGACUCGCCUCUUAAGGUGGAGAUGACGGCAAACAUGUUUAGAAAUUGUCCAAAAAUGUCAUUACAAGAUAUAACUCGAGAGGAAUAUCAUAGCAUCCAUGAAAACCAGGACAUGAACCACAUCUGGGGUCGAGUGUAUUUGGGUUCAUACGAGGCCACACAAAAUCUACCCGAACUCCAGAAACACAACAUACGGACAAUACUGACAGUAAUGGACACAGAGAUACCGGCGGCCAAUAGACACCCGACAGUGAAAUACCAUUAUAUACCGGCGCACGACAUCUGGUACCAGGACUUGAUGACCACUUUUGACGAGACCUACGAUAUUAUUGACACUGCGGUCACCUCCGAGACAGGCAUUUUGGUGCACUCGGCGGCCGGCAAAUCCCGAUCGGCCGCUACUGUCAUCUCAUACCUGAUGAAAAAGCUCGGGAAGCCAUACGAAGAGGUCAGGGAUUUGGUCGACCAAAAAAGGCCACACAUUAAUCCAAACGAGGGUUAUAAAUUUGUAUACAAUCAAUAUAAUACCAUGCUGAUCUAUACAAUAUCAAACUCAGCCAUAAAAGUUGAUAUCAUGGACCAGAUAUGGCAUAACUUAUACUUGGGUUCAAUGAACGACGCGCUGGACUCCACACAACAUAUACGGUAUAACAUUAAGACAAUAGUGACUGUUAUGGACAAACCCAUAGCCGACGGGUUUCACUGCAAAGACAUCACAUAUCACUGGAUCAACGCUAAAGACCACGACAAUCAGGAUCUGUUGACAUACUUUCCGAACGCCUACGAUAUGAUGGACGCGGCGGUGACCGCCGGCACCGGUGUUUUGGUUCACUGCAGGCGCGGUAUAUCCCGAUCGGCAACGAUUGUCAUCUCAUACCUCAUGCAAAAGCUCCGGAAGCCAUACGAAGAGAUCCGGGAGUUGGUUGUGGCCAAUCGGCCGGCAAUUUAUUCCUAUUGA